GUAUGACCGUUAAAAAGCCUCUACUUCUUAAAAUGUCUUUUCAGUCUAUUCAUUUCUGCACAUUUCUCUUCUCGUCUCUUCUCGUCAUGUCAAUUUCCUCCGCCUCCCACUGCACCGACGGCGGUCCAACGUUUCCUACAACCCCUCUCCUCUCCUUCCUCCAACUCCUACAAUCUGAAGCCCUAAAAACCCUAGGCCCCAAAUCCUUUGACCCAAAGCCCUACGUGGAUCUCCCUCUCAAAAAAGACUUCGGCUUGACGGAAGUCGCCUUCUCGAGACUCCCUAGGAUUAACGGAAUCAUCCCGACAAAAGACUUGAAUGAGUUUUUGAAAGCGUAUUUUGGGGAUGCCGGCGACGAUUUGGUGUACACGGAGCCUAAGGAUUUCGUGUCGGAACCGGAGGGGUUUUUGCCCAAAGUGUUGAAUCCUAAAGCUAGGGUUUGGGCUCUCGAAGUGCAUUCGCUAUGGAAGAAUCUGAGUAGGCGAGUUUCCGAGAAUGUAAAGAAAUACCCGGAUCGGCACACUCUGCUUCCCUUGCCGGAGCCGGUGAUCAUUCCCGGGUCGAGGUUCAAGGAGGUGUAUUAUUGGGAUUCUUACUGGAUUAUUAGGGGAUUGCUGACAAGCAAAAUGUAUGACACAGCAAAGGCUGUUGCGAACAAUCUUUUAUGGCUGGUAGAUAUAUAUGGUCAUGUGCUAAAUGGUGCAAGGACAUACUAUGCUAAUCGCAGCCAACCUCCACUAUUGAGUUCAAUGGUAAGGGAGAUAUAUAGUAGGACUGGUGAUUUGGAAUUUGUCAGGAAGUCCCUUCCUUCACUAAUUAAAGAGCACAGCUUCUGGAUUUCAGGAUCUCAUAAAGUGGCUAUUCGAGAUCAUCAUGGACAUGAACAUUCUUUGAGCCGCUAUUAUGCUAGGUGGAAUAAACCUAGACCUGAAAGCGCAACGAUUGAUGUGGAAUCUGCAUCCAUAUUUCUAAAUGAUUCUGAUAAGGAAGUAUUCUACCGAGAAGUUGCUUCAGCCGCAGAGACUGGAUGGGACUUCAGCUCCCGUUGGUUGAGCGACCCGCUUGACAAGAGCACAGUAUCAACAACAUCGAUCAUCCCUGUUGACUUGAACACCUACUUGUAUAAGGUAGAGCUUGACAUAACCUUUUUUGCGCAAAAACUUGGGGACUUCGAAAUCGCUGAAAAAUUCCUCCAGGCUUCAAGAGCUAGGCAGUUGGCGAUGAGAUCAAUCUUGUGGAAUGCAGAGAUGAACCAGUGGCUUGACUACUGGCUUAGACCUGGAGAUUGUGAGGAUGUUCAUCAAUUUGAAGCUGGGAAUCAAAAUGAUAGAAUAUUUGCAUCAAACUUCAUACCGGUGUGGAAUUGGAGGCAUACUUCAGGUGAAGAUAGAACUAUGGUGGAAAGUAUUCUUGAAAGCUUCCAGGACUCGGGUCUGCUAAAACCUGCUGGAAUUUCUACUUCAUUGUCAAUCUCUGGGCAACAGUGGGAUUUUCCCAAUGGUUGGUCUCCUUUGCAACAUAUGAUUAUUGAAGGCUUUUCUAAUUCUGGUUCAAAAGCUGCACGGAUAUUGGCUGAGGAUAUUGCUGUAAGAUGGAUCAGAACAAAUUUUGCUGCUUACAACACCACUGGUGCAAUGCAUGAGAAAUAUGAUGUAGAAGGUUGCGGAAUGGUCGGAGCCGGCGGUGAAUAUGCACCUCAGACUGGCUUCGGUUGGUCGAAUGGUGUGGUGCUGGCUCUCCUAGAAGAGUUUGGCUGGCCCUUUGACAGAGAUAUUGGAUGUCCUUCUUGAAAUCUGCACAUUAAGGUUUGGGUCAAUGCUGCAAACCAGGAGCAUCAUUAAGUGCCGGAUCCAUACCAAAUUAAGCUCACAUUAUCAGAAUCAAAGCUUGUUUGUGUUUUUUUUUUUUUUUUUUCUUUUUUCUUGUGAUCAUUUUUUAAAUUUACAAUUUGCAUUUGGAAAGAGAAGGCUUGUGCGCUUUUCUGAAAUUAUUAAAGCUUGUAAGAGUGAGAUUUAAAUUUUUUUUUCAG